GCCAGGGCCCCUGCAAUUUCUUCUCUUGUGUCUUGAAGUGUUCUGGAUGUAUCUGGUCAGAACCAGGAGAUUUAUCCGCCUUCAUAUAUUCCAAUACAUCCAACACCCCCUCUACUAUGAUAUGGGCUGUUCCCAAGAUAACACCACUAACUUCAAGUUUCCAAGUCAUCAUGUCUUUCUCGAUGGGUUAUUUCUCUUAAAAAAAAUUCUGACAAUGUCUAUGGACUUUGACAGCGUGGCUUUGCCAACCCAACAUGAGGAUGAGGAAUAUGACAGGGAAGAUUAUGAACGAGAGCAAGAGCUACAUCAGUUACUGAUGACUGGUCUUCCAGAUGACAUGCUGGAGGAUAGCAGAGACAUUUCUUCUCCAGAAUUGAAUUACUCUGGCUGUAAUGCCAAUAAUGGUGUUGAACAAACCUGGGAAGAGAAGAGAAAUUGGAAUGAACAGGAAGUAAGCAACAAUGAAAUGGAUAAAGAUAAUUAUUCUAAUGACUUUUCAGUAUAUAAAGGGCAGAAUGGACAUUUUAUCGCAAAUGAAAAUAUUUCUAAUGAAACCUUGGAGCUAUACAAAGUGAAGUAUAACCCUUAUCCUGCUGGUCAUCCAUCUAAAGUGGCUUUUAACCCAGACGAAGCAAAAGGUUUAGACAACACCUUUGAACAAAUGCAGAGCAAGUUCUUGGAUAGUGGAGAAGCUUCUACAGAGGCACAUCAGUUUGCACAGUUACAGAUACUUUACAAUGCACGGGGAAGGCAGUUAGAGGAAAUGCAGCACAAACAGGAAGAGUUUGCCCGUGAGAUCAGAUAUUUGAACCACCAGCUUGCAAUGACAAAAGGAGAAAAAGAUGGUGUGGCUAUUAGUUGUCAGGAGUUGCAGAAGUUACUUCAAGACGCAAAAGAACGUGAAGUUCAGCUGGAAGGCCAAAUUAAAGCAUUGGAAUCCAGAGUUCAAGACUUGAGUGCCAGUGAGGAAGAGGCGUUGAAGAACCAGAAGAUUGCUGAAGCAGCCAUGGAAAGUAUGCAACUACAGCUGUCUGAGCUGUGUCGCUCAGAAUCUCUCAGUCGUGCCAAAGAACAGCAUGAAGCUGUCAUUUGUGCUCUUAAACAGAAACAUGAGGAAUCAAGCUUGGUCAUGCAGCAGACACUUGAUGCAACAAACAUUGCAUUGGAAGAACAGCAAGAGAGUUGUAAGCAACUUCAGGAACAAGUUAAACAGUUGGAAAGGCAACAAGAAGAAGCUAAGUUGGAGAAGGCAGAAAUAAUUAAUGGACUGACUAGAAGUUUAGAAGCAAGUCAACAGCAGUGCAGAGAUUUAUUGCAAACAGGUUCAGUGCAGGAGAUCACUCAGCUUCGGAUUCAAGUUCAGCAAAUUCAGUCUGCCAAGAACAUCAGUGAUAGCAUGAACAAGGCUUUACAGGAAGAACUGGCUGACUUGAAGGAACAGAUUACUUUUUAUGAAUCCGCUGUGAAGAUUAAUGUUCUUACUAAAGACAUGGUAGAAGAAUUAGAACUUCCGUUAUCAGAUUCCUACACGGAUCUUGGUAUCAAGAAUGGGAAAUGGAAAGCUCCCAGGUUCCAAAGCUCAAUACAGCAAGAUGGCUCAGCUAAGAUAUCUAAGGAUGAGAUAAUAAUGGAACUGAAGUCUGAACUGGAGCGAUCGCUCAGCAGCCUCAGAACAAAACGUCAUCAAGUGACUCAGCUUCAGCAUGAAAGUAAAGAAAGUCAAAAGCAAAUAACUGAGAUUAAGGAGCAGUUACAAAAUGCUGAAAAAAUGGCAAGAAGCCAUGAGGUCCGAGCCAGCACUUUGGAAAAGCAGCUAGAAGCGGUAGGAUCCUGUUCAUCCACCUCUGGAAAGGCUCUUCAAGAAGAAAUUGAAAAGUUGCGAUGUGAGACCCAGGCUCUACGCAAAGAAACUGAGGAUAAACAGCAGCAGGUUGAAAAACUAAUUCAUAGUGAGAAGCAAUUUAAAGAAGCAAACCAGGAGUUGUACAAUGAGAUGCGGCAGAUGAUUCAAGACUUUGACAAGGAUAAGCAAGAGGCACUUGACAGAUGUGAGCGAAUUCAUCAGCAACAUCAUGAGGAUUCCAAAUGUCGACUUCAGCAGGAGUUGCAGGAACAGCAUGAAUUGGAGAAAACACAGCUGACUCAGUUCUAUAAACAGCAAAUCAUGCAAGUAAAUAAUCACCUGGAACAACUGAACUAUGAGAUGUCUGGAGUGCAGGAAUGCUACAUUACCAUCUGUAAAGAAAAGGACUCCUUGGAAAGCAAAUUAAGGGAAGAAAUGUCCCUCAAGCUGAUAACAACUGAACAGGAAAUGAAAAAGGCUUUUUCUGAAGAAAUGAAAGAGCGUUUGAGAAAUCUUCAGGUUGAACUGGAAGAAAAGCAUGAAACUCUGAUGGUUGCUGCAAAAAACCAAUGGAUGGUGGAAAAAGAAGCUGAUAUUGAGCAACAAGUUGAAAAGCGUGUUGCGUUGGCCAAAACACAUUGGCAAGAGGAACAACAAAAGCUCAAAGACCAAGAAAUGCAUGACAUUGAAACAAAAUGGCAACUUUGUCUCCAUGACACUGUAGAAGCAAUUAAACAAAAGACUUCACCUAAGGUGGACCAAAUUCUUCAAACUGAAGAGGACACUGGUACCAAAGUUUAUACUUGCCAAGAAUUAGAAUCUCCGCUUGCUGGUUUAAAAAUGACAUUGGAGCAUCAAGUUGGGGAGGCUUUAGAGCAACUUGAACAACAGAAAAACCAUGAAGAUAAUGUGGCCAAACUGGUUGAAACCACAUUAACAAAUGCACGUUGUCGUUGGUUAGAAGAAUUGACUAGCCUGCCUGAGUACAGAGCCAAUUUACAAAUUGAGGAGAAGAAAUGGGAGGCAAAACAUGAACAAGAUGUGGCAAAACAGGUAACUGCAGCAGUGAAAGCAAAUGACGUAAAGUGGAAGAAACAUAUGUUGAAAGAACUUGAGAAAACUGAGUCCAAUGUUAAAACUUCAGAGCUGCAAGAGAAGAUACUUGUUCUAGAGCGCAAAUUAAAAUUUGAGAGAGAAGAAGCAGUAGCAGUUGCUAAAGCUGAAUUGGCAAAAGCUCGAGCUCAAUGGAAUAAAGCAAAACAAGUAGAGAUUAAUAGAAUUCAUGAACUAAAUGAACAGGAUUAUCAAGCCUUCCUAGCAGAGCAUCGAAAUAAACUCAGCGAUGUUCUUAAAGAAACAAAAGAGGACUUUAUCCGGCAGAAAAAUGAACUGAUUGCACAAAAGGAGUCUGAAUUCAAUCUCCGUCUCUCGGAGAAGCAAAAAGAAUGGUCAGCUUAUCGAGAGGAACAGAUCAAUUAUGAAAGACAGCAAUAUGAAUCUGAACUUGUUACUGAAAUUGAACAUUUUUUGUGUGAUAUCGCAAAACACUUUGGAAAGUCUAAACCUGCAUGUCUUAGAGCAGAAGAAUUUUCUAACACUGCCAAAUCAACACAUGACCAGUUUGUUGAAGUAAAGCACCGGCUCCAAAGUACUUGCACCAGACUGAUUGAAGAGAUUCUUGAAACUGUCCAGAAGGAGGACAAAUUUGAUUUACAAAAUGCGUUACAUGACUGUGAAAGACAACAUGAAGAAUACAAAGCUGCAAAGGAAACACAGCUCAGAAAACUUGAAUCGUCUGAACUUCAACUUAAACAUGAACUUGAACGUUUACAGCAUAAGCUGAAAGAUUUUGCACAACAAAAUGAAGCUAAAUAUGAUCUAGUUUCUGGAAAAGAAAACUUAAACCCAGGAUACCACCCAUGCAAUGAACAAUGCAGAGAGCAAGCACAGAAAUUACAACAGGAAUGUCAACAGCUCAAGAAAAAGUUGGAGAAAAUAUGUAGGCAGCUUCAACAAACUGUUCAUGAACAUAAUAUUGAAGUACAACAUCUCAAAGAGGAGCAUGAAAGAACCGUAAAUAUUUUGCAAAAUGAGAAAGACUAUCUCAUAAGAAGACUUAAAGAAAGUGAAUCAACUGGCAAUAAAACAAAUUCUUGUUUACAGGAAAAUUGGAACUCUGAGAAUUCAUGCAAGUUGAUCCCUGCAAAAGGGUUAGAAGAAAUCCGGCAUCAGUAUUUGAGGGCUGUAAACAAAAUCAGAGGAGACAUGAUGCAUUAUAUUCAAGAGAGCAAGAAGCGAGCAGCUGAAAUGAUUCGUGCAGAAGUAUUGAAGGAACGUCAACAAACCGCACGAAAAAUGCGGAAAUAUUACUUGACUUGCCUCCACCAACUCCUAGUAGAUGGUGGGAAGAAUGAUGGUGCUGAAAAGAGGAUCAUGAAUGCUGCUAGCAAGUUGGCUGCAAUGGCCAAAGCUUUAGAAACUCCUCUUCCAAAUCGGAAGCGUGAUAAAGUUGAAACCCUUACAGCCCAUCCAAAUAUGAAAAGUUCAAAACAAUCUCCAAUCGUUUCUGAGAAUGAUGAAGAGACCAGCGGAUCCGUCCACGUGCAAAUAAACCAUGUUGGGAAACCAUCUUCCAAUGAAGACCAGGUCAUCAAAUUCAAAAAGUACACAACAGGCACAGUAUUUGUUCCACAAAAUUUGAACAGUAAUUUAUAUAGUACAACUGCAGAGAAUGGCAUUUCAGAUGAAGAAUUAUCUACAAGUUAUAAACAAAUUAACAUUCACAAGAUUGAAGAAACGGCUGAUAUUUUACAAAAGGAGACUACCUUGUUAUUUGAGACAAAAGAUGGUCAUCAGCUGAAUGAUGCAGUAUCAAAAUCAGAGCUUCUCAGAACUGCAAAACUUGCACAUUUUCAGAAUUCAGCCAAGUACCUUUCCCCAGUGUAUUUUGGCAAAGCCCCCACAUUGAAUUCUAUUGAUAGUCAUAAGGACAGAACAUCUCUGCAAGUGGCAUGUGAUCAGGAUUGUGUCUUGCCUUCAAAAGGUAUACAUAAUUCAGAAGGAUAUGUCUGCUCCAAACCUUUGACCACAGCAUCAAAUAAUGUGCAAGAAACCCCCGAAAGAGAUGAAGGUGAUUUUGUUUCUAGUCUUGAAGCUAUCAGGCCUUGUCAAAUUGACACUUUCAAUUUUAGGCAAGCUGGAGGAGAAGUAUGCCACAAGUCCAGUAACACUUCCAAGCCACUGUCAUCCACAAACUUGCCACAUCAAGCAGAUUUAAUGACAAAUGGUGCUACACAAAUGUCAUCUUCCAUUUCCUCAGUAACUUCUGAAAUUAGCUCUCUUUCUGAUGGAGAGCAUGCAUGCUUUUCAAGUAAAACAAUUCCAUUCAGGUCAAGGAUAGACACAGAACAAAUAGAAAAUGUUGCAGAAAGCAGUAUUUCUGUUAUUAACAAGGACCAACUGAGUACAAGGACAAAGCCUCCUAAGUACAUUAAGUGCACUGAGCCUGAGCAGGAACUAGCACUGAAUGGCUGGACAGCAAAGCUGAGCGAACUUUCCCAUCAGAAGUGUCUGUCACGUUUGAUCCCCAAUGUGGACGCUAUUCAGCAGGAUAGUGGAUUUGACAGUCCAUUUCUUAACUUUCAUUAGUCAAAAAGUGCAAUGUUAGAAACAAAUCCUUCAUUUUUAAGAUGCCUUUAUGCCACUGAAUUAAUUGUACAAGUUUAUUUCAUUUAU